AGCAACUAGCCAAGUCUAUAAAACAUAAUAUUUCAUUUCAUUCAUUUGGCUUUCCCAUAUACUAAAUAAAAGUUUUUCAUAGGUGAUCAUAUCUUGAUUUCAACAAUGAGUGACGACAGCAACACGCAUCAAGCUUCCGCAGGAGUAUAUCCUGCACCACCUACUUCAUGUCCACCAAAGCAGGAGGUGCGUUAUACAGACAUAAAAAUAUUGUCUUGUCCACCACCAAUGCAAGGGUACUAUGAAGCCGGUCCUGAUGUGGCACCACCUCCAGUUAGUGACCCUCCGAAAUGUGGUCCUCAAUACCACCAACAGCCACCUCCUCCUCCUCCUCCAGAAAGAACUAGUCAGAGGGAUGAUGACUUUUGCACAGGAUGGUGCUGCUGCCUCUAGGACGCGUGCUUUUAAGGACUAUGAGGGAUUCUCUGCAAAAUUUGCAGCUUAUAAUUGUUUCCCUUGUGUUUCUUGUCGCAAAUCAUAAUUAUUUUCGCUCUUUUUAUGUCACUGUACGGACUACGCAUGCUUUAUUCACACAAAAACACUUAAUCACGUUGCUCUUUAAUUAAUAUUUUUCUCCGUGCUUCAUUUGAUGGCCAGGCUAAAUGUUACGGGUAUUUUUUACAGUUUUUUUUUU